AUGUGGCGUAAGACAGCUUCAAAGUAUAGUUUGAGGGCCAUACACUCAACCAGUAAAUGUUUGACAACUGGUGAAAAAAAAGUUUGGUCGGAGUUGAGCUCAAGAUCAAGCUCACUUUCUAUUAAGAAUGCCAAAAUCAAAAAGAGCUUGUUUGAAGGAGGAAAGCCUGAAACCAUAGUUAACAUCGAAAGAAAAGCAGCCUACUACUCUCCAGUGGAUAUAGAUAAGACAUUCCAAUUGGCAUAUGAUGAGUUGGCAAGAGUUAGUGGAGACAAAUAUGCUCUUGUUGAUGAAUUGAAAUCUCAAUUGACCUCAGAAACAGAUACUGAAAUUAAAGCACAACUUGAAAAGAAAUUGAAUAAGGCAUUAGUUGAUGCAGAAAUCUAUAAUCCUGAAGUUCUUUAUAAUUUUGAAUAUGAUUCUGAACUGAUUGAUGCAUCUCAACCAGUAUAUCGUAAACUUUUACAUGAUAAAUGGAAAUCUCAUGAUCUUAUGGUAUUAAUGCAAAGAUUGGAGCAAUUACAUGUGAUUCCUGAUACCUUACCCACCUUGGAACCAAAAGUUGAAGUCAAAGUCAAGUUUCCUCAUAAUACAAAGAGUGAAUUUUCAUCUUGGAUUGUCCCUGGAACUGUUUUACCUGCCUUUGCAGUUUGUAAACCUCCUACUAUUGAAAUUACACUGUUUGAUGAGACAGCAGUCACAGACGAUUCUAAUUCAUCAUCGUUAUACACAGUGGUCCUUGUGAACCCUGAUGAACCUGAUUUAUCAACCAAUUCUUUCACCACCAAAUUACAUUAUGGAUUAAGUAACGUUCCUCUUAGCCAUACUGAUAAUCAGAUUGAUAGUGGUAAAUUAUUAACUGAUGGUGAGGAGUUUACUUUCAGUUCUUAUAUUCCUAUUUUACCAGAGAAGAAUGCACAAAUUCAAAGAGCAUGUUUGUGGGUAUUCAGACAGAAUGAGCCACUUACCAUUAAAUCUUGUGAACGUGAAUCAUUCAACAUUAGAGAGUUUGCUGCCAUUCACAAUUUGACUCCAGUGGGUGCUCAUGUCUGGAGACAAACGUUUGAUAGAAGUGUUAAUGCCAUUAGGGAACAAUAUCAUUUACCAAGGGGAAGAGUAUUCCAUAGAGUUAGAAGAACUGAUCCUUAUAUGGGAUAG